AUGAGCGAAGAAGAAGAAUACAUGCGUGCACUUGAAGUGCAGCGACGCAACUUUGAGGCCAGUUUCGGCAGUCUUGAAACCAUGGGAUUUGAGGAUAAAUCCAAGGUGAAACCUGCAAAUGAGCCGAACGAUCUGGAAGAUGACGAUCUCGAGAUCGGAAGCGAUGAGCUCAGCGAUUUUGACGGUUUUUCAGGAAUGCUGGAUAGUGAAGGCGCCGAAGAUGACGAAUCCGAUAGCGCAAGUGAUCAUGGAGAACCACAACAUGUAUCCAAGCCAAAGGUCGUGAAAAUCGGCGAUAACUACAGUGAUGCUCCAAUACUAUCCAACAAAGACAAAAAGAUGCUUAGACAGGGCAGAGCACCAAUGAUGGCCGAAAUCGAGGAAAAAGAAAGGAAAUUGCACAAAUUAUCUGCCAAACAACAGCAGAAUGCGAAAAAGGAAGACGACGACAACUUGGAAAACGAUCUAAUGCUUCAGAGACUCUUGCAAGAAUCGCAUAUCUUGUCAAAACAAGUGGGGUAUUCUGGAGCCGAGUUGACGAUGCUGACCCUUGAUUACGAGGAUCCAACUGGGAGUGCCAGGAAGAAAGCCUUGACAUCACGGUUGAGGAAUUUAUCGGCAAUUAACUCUGGUUCUGGUGGACUUCCCAAGAAGCUUGAGAAAAUGCCCAUGGCCAUGCGAAAAGGUAUGAUAAAAAGCCGGGAAAACAGAAUCUCCAAGUACGAAAAGGAGGCCAAAGACGCUGGAAUUGUGUUAUCAAGAGUCAAGAAAGGAGAGCUUCGAGACUUGGACCUGGGAAGAGGAUCUACAUUUGCAUCUGAUCGUUUGGGGACGGGAAAGAAGGAGGUGAAUACCGUGAGAGACAGAGGACUAAGGAUCAACUCGGUGGGGAGGUCCACACGAAACGGAUUGAUGAUAUCUGCUGAUGAGAUCAGUCGUAUUAAUAACGCUGGUUCUCGGGGUCGUGGUGGCCCUGGUGGCCGUGGUGGUCGUGGUGGUCGGGGUGGUCGGGGUGGCCGCGGUGGCAGAAGAUAA